AUGGAACUGAGGAAUAAGAUAGAUGAACUCCAGCUGAAAAUUGAACAGGAGGCGGCUAUCCGCACCUCCGCCGGUGUGUCGUCCUUGGAUAUGUCCAAGGAGGACACAGCGGCGGAGAUGUGGAUAGCGACGUUAGGCCGUGACAUCAAUAAUAACGCUAUUAAAACUGUAAGUGGAUCAGUGGCAAGACACGGGAAUCGAGUUACGCCCUUGGAUGCAACUGAACCAAAUCAGGAGGCGAAAGAUACUCGAAAUGGAAAUAUUAGACAGGAACCCCAGCGUGCACCGCCUGAGAAGGUCAUCACAAUACCGCCUUUGAACAUAGAUAAGCUCUCUAUUACAUCCGGAGAUGAGCAACCGCUGGACUUAUCUUGGCCAGAUGCUCCGUUAAAAAGAGUCAUAUUUCUGCUUCUUGCUCCCAUCACGUUUCCUCUGGCUUUAACUCUACCAGACGUCCGUAAACCGUCUUGGCGGUCGUGGUUCAUAGUUACCUUCGUUGGAUCAGUAUUAUGGAUAGCGCUAUUCUCCUACUUAAUGGUAUGGUGGGCGAACACAAUUGGAGAGACGUUCGGUAUUCCUACAGAAAUUAUGGGUCUCACCAUACUUGCAGCUGGUACUAGCAUCCCCGAUCUCAUUACAAGUGUAAUUGUUGCUCGGAAGGGAUUGGGAGAUAUGGCCGUAUCGAGCUCCAUCGGCAGCAACCUAUUCGAUAUUUGUGUAGGGCUUCCGAUACCUUGGCUGCUGUACUUCAUUGUCGCAUUGUUUCGCAUGGGAAACGGUCCAUUUCCAACUGUAUCAGUCAUAUCCAAUGGACUCAUCUGCAGCGUUGGAAUGUUGUUCAUGAUGCUAGUCUUUUUGGUUGUCGCCAUCGCUUUGUCUCGGUGGAGAAUGGACAAAAUAUUUGGUCUCGUAAUGAUCGUAUCCUACUUGUUCUUCUGUGUGUUCAGUGUAUUCCUCGAAACUGGUCAGAUCGUUUGCCCAUUACGGAUGUCCUCCGAUUCUUGUUAA